CAAAACCCCCUCCCGGCCCGUCUCCAGAUCCCACCAAGCCUGUCAGGGCCUCCCCUUCCUCGGCUGGCGACAGGCAACCGCUGCCGCCGCCCCUGCUAAUAUAUUCAGAAGUCAGAACCGUGCCGAGCAGAGCAGUACUGCGGAGCAAGUAGAAUAGGCGUAAUCUUCCCUCCGUCGAAGGAAGGGGAGGAGGCUGGAGAUACCGGUGGGCGGCGGCUGGGGGCGCCAUGGAUUGGGCUGUUCCGGCAUUGAUGAACUCCGUAGCCGACGGGCCGUCCUACCGGGACCUCUGCUGCUACGGGGCCGGAAUCGCAGGGAACGUCUUCGCCUUCGUCCUCUUCAUCUCCCCACUGCCGACAUUCAGGCGGAUCGUUCGGAAUGGAUCCACGGAGCAGUUCUCGGCCAUGCCGUACAUCUACUCGCUCCUCAACUGCCUCAUCUGCAUGUGGUACGGCCUGCCCUUCGUCUCGUACGGCGUCAUCCUCGUCACCACCGUCAACUCCAUUGGCGCCGCCUUCCAGCUCGCCUACACCGCCGUAUUCAUCGCCUUUGCUGACGCCAAUGAGAGGUUGAAGGUCUCUGGUCUCCUGGCAGCCGUAUUUGUGGUGUUCGGCGUGAUUGUGUAUGUUAGUUUGGCGUUGCUUCAUCACAGUACACGACAGACUUUCGUCGGAUAUCUCAGUGUCGCAUCCCUCAUAUUCAUGUUCGCGUCCCCCUUGUCCAUCAUUAAUCUGGUCAUCAGGACAAAGAGUGUGGAGUACAUGCCCUUCUAUUUGUCAUUAUCUAUGUUCCUGAUGAGUGUAUCGUUCUUCGUAUAUGGGGUGCUGCUGCAUGAUUUCUUCAUAUAUAUUCCAAACGGGAUUGGAACCAUAUUGGGUGUCAUACAGCUGUUGCUGUAUGCCUACUUCAGAAAAGGAUCAAGAGGGGAAGACAGGCUGCCAUUGCUAGUCACACAUACAUGAGCAUGCCAAAGAACAAGGUGCAUUGUCGAAGUUUUGGAAAUUCUUCAGGCGUGUACAGUCGUUGCUUUAUUCUGCUUUUGUAUGCUUGGAAUUCAGAUGAGAAAUUUGACCUGUCACUGCUGAAUAGGCAGCCUAUCACAUUGAUGGGAGUCAAGGCCGAGGUUAUCUGAAGACAGAAGACACCAAUUGCCGUGGUUGUCCAAAUCGUUUCGUUUCAGUUAAAAGUACGCUGUCUAUCGGUUAUGAGUACACGCAACAAGAGUCAUAGCUUCGCUGUAUAUUCCACGGUAGAUGCUGCGAAUUGUUGGAAUCAUUUGUUUAAAUAUAUAUGUAUAUAUAAAUUGAAUAAAGUUUUGUAUAGCAUUGUUGUUGCGUGGACUUCAUCAAUGGAUGGGGCCUCCUGCAUGUACACUAAAAACAAGGAGAUUUGGUAAUAAAAGAGGAUUGUUUCAUCA